GCGAUUUUAGUGGCCCUAACCCGUUCGGGCUAAGACCCAGGGUUUUCGCCCACCCAAAGAGUCUUGUGAAUUCGAGAAACAGCAUCACCAACGGUUCCAGCGACAGCGACAAUUCCGACCAAACCCACGACAACCCCUUCAGUAACGCCGUCAAAAUGGGUCAUCCAGCUGGUCUUAGAGCUGGCACGCGCUAUGCGUUCAGCCGUGACUUCAAGAAGAAGGGAAUGAUCAAGCUGUCCACAUACUUGAGACAAUACAAAGUCGGAGACAUCGUGGAUAUCAAGGCCAACGGUGCUGUUCAAAAGGGUAUGCCACACAAGGUUUACCACGGAAAGACCGGUGUUGUGUACAACGUUACCAAGAGCGCCGUCGGAGUUAUCAUCUACAAGAAGGUCAAGCACCGUUAUAUCGAGAAGCGCGUCAACCUGCGCAUCGAGCAUGUGUCUCUUUCCCGUUCGAGAGAAGAGUUCGUCCGCCGCGUCAAGGCCAACGCCGAGCUCAAGAAGAAGUCAAAGGCCGACGGCACCCACGUCCACUUGAAGAGGCAGCCGGCGAUGCCCCGUGAGGCAAGGACGAUUUCAUGCAAGGACAACAUCCCAGAAACUGUCGUCCCAGUUGCCUACGAGACGUUUAUUUAGUUACAUUGCGUCGUCGACUCGGUUAUACUUGGGUUUUGCUUGGGGUCUGUGGUAGGUCUGGGGUCAUUUGCAUUGCAUGGGACGAAAUGACUGAGCCAUACCAUAAAGGAAUAAGAGCCCGGUUACUUGAGGCACAGAACUAUGCUACGUGACAUGCAUAUGUGAGAUCAUUAAAUAAAAAAGUUAAAGCAUGCGAGGAUGGAAGUGAUGCAUCAUUGAUUCCUGGACGGCUACGGGAGACUCCUAAGGCAGGGAAGCCUGUCUCGUUCUACUAUUCAUACGUUCCACCUCCACCACAAAACAAAGCCCCUAGAG